AUGAACACUUCAAGGAUCGCCUCGCGUUUCUUCACGCGUACCUCGUACAACUACGUCUACGAAGAAUCGGUUGCUGGGAAAGGAACGGACGAGGUCAACAGCAUGCUGUAUCACUUCAUCCAGCGGAUCAUGCUGGCAAACGGCCAUCGAAAGCUUACUAUCUACGCUGACAAUUGCGGUGGACAAAACAAGAAUAACUGCGUUAUUAAGAUGCUGCUGGCUUUAGAUCAAACUGGAGAACUUGAUGUCGUUGAGCUCAAGUUUUUCGUGACGGGCCACACCAAGAACGCUGUUGACCGUGGCUUCAGGCUUAUGAGGAAGAAGUUUGCUAAUGAGGACAUGUGGACGGCUGAUCAGCUGCUCGAGGUUAAUAUCGACUCCUCGUCUAGCUCUGCCCUUGUCCAUAUUCCGAAAGUGAACACGGUGAUAUAG